GGGAGGAGAUUGGGAAACAACUGUGAGUAAAAGGCGAAAAGAGAGGGAGCUCGCAAUUUGAUCACCCGGCUGUGCCCUUAUUGCCAUGACCCCCUUGACGUGGAGGGAGACAGAAUGUCCUUGUUGAAAAGAAAAAAUCUGACAUUUUCCAGGCACAUCUAUAGAAAGGCAAGAAAAAGCAUUGUCUGGCUUCAUUCAACUUCAUGGAAAGGCGAUCCAGCGCUCAAAGAGAUACUUCUCUUGGAAAUUUCGCGACCUCACUUUGUGGACCCAUAUAUAGUGGAAAAAUAUACACGCAGGGUUGAAAACUGGGUUAAGAUUGCCCAAAAAGACGAACGUUGGUUGGUCUCGGGCUGGACCUUACAGGAAGGGGUUUUGUUGGGCGACACUCGUCUCCUUGAUGGAGAGGGACAUGUCAUCCAGGACAACCGGUUUUGCAAUGGCCAGGACGCCGUCGUUCGUGACCUUUCGCUUCCCAUCUCCGUCCUAUGUCACAAUCUUGCUUCGGCCUAUUUCAUCCAAAGCGAAGGGCAUGAUCCGGAUCCUACGAGACCCGGUGCUGGUCAAUUUGGGCAUAGACUGCCCAAAUCACCCGAAUCGGUGAUUUGGUUGCGCCGGUCCAUCAAAAGACUGGUUGAAUCUGGCUUGGUGGGUUUCUUUGAAUUCAGCCCCCUUACCAUCCUGGCUGGCAAGAACAGCCGGGAAUAUGGUUGGAUUGAAGACUCCUGCUGGGCAUUGAUUGGCGCAAUGGAGCUGGAGAAUAUCGAAGUCACCGCAAAUCUGUCCAUGGAAAAGAUCAAGAGAAGAUUUCUAUCCGCCCUGGUAGACAAGUAUCAAUGGAUGAUGCUUUUUCUGCCAUUCCCAGAGAAGGGACAGGAUUCGAAACGACCUUUCCAGUGGACAGAUAUUGUUGACGGUGCCUUGCUACCCGUUCAUCUUUUCCUUGUCGAGGACCAUGUCGAUCCGGACUCGACUGGCGCGACGCAGCCAACUCUCCAUUUCUCAGAUGCGGAUUUCACCUCAGAGAAGCUCCUCCUCAAAGCGCCUGACCGCCAGAAGAUGCGCCUCUUUCGCGUUUCAGAAGAUCAUGUUACAUAUUUCCGCCACUAUCGCCAGGACUCGGAUGGGUUGCGGAUAGUAUCUUCCCGGUCGGUCAGUUUGACAGAUGAUCCGCUUGUGAGCGGUGCAUGGUUGUUGCCAUUUUGGACUGUCGACACAAAGGGGACUGUUCAGGGGAAACGAUGUCUGCUGCUGUCGCAAUUCAAGAAUUCGACUUCUGUUGAUCAGCCCGCCCAUGCAAGCUUUGGUGGAAUGAUUGAUGUUUGGGGAGUUGGAUCGGAAACAGUCCAGGUCACAGAGAUGAUCUUGGAUCCUUGCUAGUCUGGCGGGUCUUGGUGUUUUCACGCUGCUGAAACUGUAGCAACCACUUCUGCGGAGAUUCAGCUCGUCCUGUGCGAGUCCAAAAUGGAGAAAGGAGUAUGGUAUCCCAUUGACGUAACGAGGCAACAAUCGAGUAACUAAGCAGAAGGACGAGCAAUGGUAUUACUGUAAGCUCUU